AUGGCUGAGGAGACGACCCGAGAGUACGCCAAGUCUUUUUUUCUCGCCUCCAAGCUCAUGGGACGUGGUCGAGAGGAGAGUUACGCGCUGUAUGCCUGGUGCAGGGAGUUGGACCAGUUGGUAGACGGCGAAGCGGCGUCUGGAUUGACGACAGACGAACGCGCACGGUCGCUCGACGGCGUGGCGGAACGCUUGCGAAUGAUUUUUGACUGGGACAGCCAAGCUGUCCCAACUGAUGCAACGUACGCGGAUUUAGCACUGUAUGACGCGACACGAACGGUCCAGGGAUUCGAGCGCGAGCCGUUCGAGGACAUGAUUCGCGGUAUGCGCCGCGACCUCGAACCGAAUGCGGGUGCGUUUCGGACGUUUUCCGAGGUGGAAUCGUAUGCGUACCAAGUCGCGGGAACGGUCGCACUGAUGAUUCUACCAAUACUCACGAUCGGUACGAAUAAUGCAAAUGAUUUCGAGAGACGCGAGCGCGGCGUCGCGCUCGGAAUCGCGCUCCAAAUGACGAACAUCGUGCGAGACGUCGGCGAAGACGCGAGAGACCGCGAACGGGUGUACAUCGCCGAAGAGGACUUGAAAUUGUUCGGAGGGAUGACGAGGGACGACGUUCUGUCGAUGCAAACGCCGACAUUCGAUUACAAGUGCGCGAUAGAGCUACAAAUCCAACGCGCGCUGAUGUAUUACGCCCAAGCACGUGAGGGCGUCGUGCUCUUGCCGCUCUCGUCCCGACUCGUUGCAGCGUGCAUCGCGGGAUUGUACAAGAGAAUUUUAUUAACUGUGAGAGAAAACAGAUACGACAACUUGAACAUGCGCGCGUACGCUUCAAAGUUACAAAAGCUCGCACUUCUUCCCGUGCUCGUUUGGGGCUCAAUCGUGGGGACGAACGAUGAAGACGGCGACAUGCGUCUCGAUUUCAGCGAUGACUCUGAGAGCGGGCAAGCGUACCGAGUCGCAAUGUGUAGAAUUUUCGUCGCCAUCGCUUCAGGGGACGAUGGAGACGAAGAAAUCGCUCGCUGCGCCGAUAUUUUGCGAGAAAUCAAGCGCGGAGUGCCUGGAAAGCAGCCAAUGUUGAGUCGGAGUCGACGAUUUGUGGAGUGGUACAAAUCGUCGACUGAUUUCGGUACAUACGAGGAUGAGAGGAUCAAAAUCGACGGUGGCACGAUAUUUCAUGCGCGUCGAUGA